AUGUCAACUUUUGAAGAGAAUAAUAACAACAACAAUAAUAAUAAUCAUGACUCUAUUAAAGAGAAAGCAGAGUAUGCUGAAUCAAAUAUUGAAAGAGAAAAUUAUUUCUUUGAGAGAAAAGAAAAAGUUUUAGAUUUAUUAGGACCUACCAAGUGUAGAAACUGCUGGUUUCUCAAAAUUAAUUGUAUAUGUGAUCAUUUACAACCAAUCAAGUUCAAACAUCGAUAUAUCACAUUGUUUCAUCAUAAAGAAUGGAGUAGAGUUAGUAACACUGGAAAAUUAGUAACUUUAAUAUCAAAUAGAUCUACACUAGAUAAUAACAACAACAACAAUAAUAAUAGUAAUAAUAGUAAUAAUAGUAAUAAUUUAUUAGAUAUAAAUACAGAAAGUCAAUCAAAAGUAUUGGUAAUGAAAAUUGAAGAGGAUGAAGCAAUGUUAAAACAUAUUCUGGAAACAACAGAUCAUAGAAAUAUAUUUGUACUUUUCCCUGCACCUGACUCUAUAACAAUUGAAGAGUAUUUGAGUCAAUUUAAGAAUAAUAGUAAUAAUGAUAAGAGUAAUAAUGUAAAUAAUAAUAAUAGUAAUAAUAAUGUUGAUAGUGACACCAUUUCAAUUGAAGAUGCAUUAGAGAAUGUUAGCUUAAAUGAUAACUAUGAUUUCAAUGAAUUGACAAUGAUCAUUCUAGAUGGUACAUGGAGUCAAGCAAAGAAGUUGGUAAAGAAUAUUCCACCUGAUAUCAAAAGAGUUCGUUUAACAUUUGGUGAACAAAAAGUUAAAUCUUUAUAUAAUCAACUUAGAAAACAACCUGCUGUAGAUAGAAUUUCAACUUUAGAAGCAACAGCUUUGGCAAUGCAUAUAAUUGGUGAGAGUAAAGAAAAUUGUAAAUCACUGAUGGAUUCUUUCAAGUAUUUCAUCGAUAAGUUAAUGCAACAAAAUGGAGCAGCUGGAAGAACCAAUAAAGCAUGGAUUGGUGAUAAGUAA